GCUCCUCCGUCCAUUGCUGUGCUUCACGCCACUCCUUUCCAUCUGAGGACACCGACACCGGAACGUACGACAUGGACGCGCAUUCAAGGUCUGAUGGGCCAGGUCAUUGGUGUUUUACCUGUCAUUGCUGACUCUUCAAGGCAGCCUUGCUCAAACCCCCUAGACUUCAAACUCGAGGAAAUUCGUAAACAUCAGACCAAAAAUGCCGUAUCAACACUAUCCAUACGUCGCACUCUGGAACCAAUUUACAAAGCACUCCAAAACCUGAUAUCUACCUACCAGCAACCCUUUGGGAGUUCGAAGACGAGAGGGCCGGAUGUCAGGCACACGCUGGGCAUUGCGGGCUGUGCAGGAAAUACGGUCCAGCUGGCCCAACGGGUUCAUUACAGCCUCCUUGUCUACGGAGUACGGAUGGUGCGCACUACGAAGUACCUCACAGCUCAUCCAUAAUCUACUCCGUCGGUGGUUGACAAGCCAGGCAACUUCCGGACAUUGCAGGCAAGACUUUGGCAUCCGCUCUGGCAGACUGGCACGCCGCACGCUGGCAAAAGGGUCCGCGUCCCACCUGUCCCUGUUCCCAGACAGCUUCGAGAAGCUUGAAGUGGGCAUACCGCAGGUGAUCCGAGAUCGAAAGUCUUAUCCGCUCCAGGAGUCUAGAAGAGGAGAUUAUGGUCAGGGAAUCCACGGUAUCGAUAAAGCGGUGGAUAUCAUCGGUGGAGAGGCCCUGCCACCCUGGUACUCCCCAGGGCCAAUUUCCACGUCACUCCUCCCUUUGGGUGGUCAGCGGUUAUACUGCGUGACUGCGUAGAUCAGCUUCCGCAGAUGCCAUUCCUCUCAAAGCCUACCCUGGCCUGCCCGGCAAGCGCUGAAUCGCAUCAACCAUCAAAGCACAGGCAUGACAGGGACUCCAGGCCAAGGUACCACGUUGAUAUGGAUCAGCAAGAAUCGCCAGCUCGCGUUCGCUCAUUCGCUCCCUCGCCUCGUUGCAAUCUCAUGCGGCAACAGCAUGAACUUCCCUCGAUGGUUACAACGGGUGACGUCCACCAGUGGCUCUUUGUCUCUCCGUUUCUGUGCGCCUGCGGCCUUACUCUCGUGGACUCCAUGGCCGCCAUCGACUUUAUCGUCCUAUUCCGCUGGGCUACCUUGGCCAACACUACGAAGUACUCCGUAUGGAGUACAUACGUACGGAUAUACGGGACUGUGG